GGGGGCGGGUUCCUCUUGACGUCUGGUGCGGCGGCGCGGAUGUUUGUGUAGCGCGAGAUGUUUUUGUUGUUCUAAUCUUCUGAAUAUGGCUUCGUAGCUCGUUCGACAAGGCGUAGGGAAAGUCCCCCCCCCCCCAUAAUUUGUUUCAGCUUGCCUUCAAGCAUCGCUGCAAGAUCUGCGCUACACCUACCGUGACACAGCCGAGGAAAUGCGGACUUCUAGCCCUUUCGCUACGGGUUAAAUGGCUGCAGCACCCACACCGUAGCAAGCUGAUCCAGUGAGGUGCUAGGAUUGACCAGUGACGGCCUAAGAGGAACAAGAGAAGACCCAGAGGUUUCUACUCAGCAGAGCCACAGUGUCAGAACGGUCCAGCAGUAUGCAAAGCCAAACCCUCAUCUAGCUCUGUCACAAUGGCUCAGGCCGGACGGGAACAGGCUUACUCCGUGAUGAGAGAGGAUCUAUGUUUACCUAAAUCCUCUAUGCUGCUCUGGGGCACUUUUUAAUUAUGUCUUAUUUGAUCCUCUUGAAUGACUUUUGGCCUGCUCAUAAAAAAGGUACUCCAUUAGAUGUUCCCUCGUCCCAGGCAUCUCUGCGGCACUGUGGCUAGCCUCAUGAGGCUGUGUGGCACACUGCUCCCAGAGGCAUUCCCUGUGUGUCUGUAAGGCCUCCUCCCCACUCUAUGGAGGCGGAGCCCAGCCAUCCUGCUGAUGGUGAGCGAUCCGGAAGGCAACAGCAGCCUCUGUCUGCUGGGGCCGCUGAGUCCCCCACAGGGUCCUGUCCACCUCAGCCACAGCAGCCGCCAUCCAUCCCCCGCCCCGUCCACGGUGGCCUGGGACGACUCCACCACCGCAAGCCCAAGCGUAGCGACCUGCUCCUCAGGCUUCAGCAUCAGCACAAGACCCAUGCAGCAGCAUGGCAGCUCUCAACAGACACCCCAGGUCCUUCAGGAGGCAGCAUCUCCUCCCCCUCCACCUCAUCCCUACAAUCCUCCUCUACCCAAGGCCACAACACUCAGGGGGUCCAGUCCCAGCCCAAUCAGGAAGCCCCAGAGGGCAGCCCGUCUAAAAGAAGUGAGAGGAAGCCCCAGAAACCGGGGAAGUAUGUGUGCACUUACUGCGGCCGUCCAUGUGCCAAACCCAGCGUUCUCCAGAAACACAUCCGCUCUCACACAGGGGAGAGGCCUUACCCCUGUGUCCCCUGUGGCUUCUCCUUCAAGACCAAGAGUAACCUGUACAAGCACCGCAAGUCCCACACCCACCGAAUCAAGGCAGGCCUGGCGUCCAGCCGGGACGAGCUGAGCCUGAGCAGAACUGCGAUGAGCGCCCCGGGAGAGGAUCCCGAGGAGCCUACAGAGGGGGAGAGCACAGACUCUGAGUCGUCGUCAGGUCAGUACAGGAAGGAGAGGUUGGGCAAGCAGAAGAGUAGCAGCAGUUUGGCGCUGUUAGGGCAAGAGGAGGGCCAGGGGUCUGACAACUCCCAGGCCGUAAAGCAGAGACUGGCCAUGAGGCUGAGUGAGAGGAAGCGAGGCCCCAUGGCCUCCCCAGAAAGCCCUCCCUCCUCCUCCACCUCCUCCUCACUAGGGCCCAGCAGUAAAGGCAGCCAAGAGUCAGGCUACUUCUCCCUUUCGAGGAGCACUGAGAUGAGCCGAGCUGACUCCCAGGUGAGCCCUCGCACCGCCAAAACUUACGCCGAGAUCAUCCUGGGCAAGUAUGGACGGCUUGGAGGGCAGCAGCGCGGUCCCCAUCAUCAGCACGCCCACUCUUCACCAGGGAUGGAGGAGAAGAGCAGCAUGCCCUUCAGCGUGCCCAAGACACAGGUCAUCGAGCACAUCACCAAACUCAUCACCGUCAACGAGGCGGUGGUGGACACCAGCGAGAUCGACAGCGUCAAGCCCAGGCGCUCCUCGCUCUCCAGGAAGAGUAGUCUGGAGUUACCCAAGUUCUCCUGCCCCAAAGACCCCUAUAUGUUUGAGCCUAAGGGAGAAAGUCCAAGCUCCAGUAUGGCAGGCCAAUCAUUCUUUCCCCAUGUCCAAGACGUGGACCCAUCUGGGGUCCAGGAGUCUUCCUCCUCAGUGCCUCUGCUGAGAAGCCACUCCAUGCCCACCUCAGCAAGCCAGGGAAACUACUCCACCACCUCUUCCUGGGGCUUCUGUCGUCUGAGCCACUCCUUUGAUGAGCAGCAGAGUGUGGUGGCCGAGAUGAGGGUGGGCGGGCAGCACCGUUUGCUGAGGCGCCAGCCCGCCAUCGAGGUGCCCCUCGGGGCUGAACUCAGCCUGGAGGAGGCUGGCCUCUCCUACGCAGCAACAGAAAGUGGCCUAACCAGGAAGCAGCAACGCAAAGGUCCAAGGCUCUAUGAGUGCAAGGCCCGCUGUAAACAAAGGGAGAGUUACGAGGCCCACAGGGGUCUUUGCACAGGCCAGCCAAUAAAGGAGCUGGAGAGAGGAGAGGUGGAUGGGGCGUGCCGGGAUGACCGUCCCCAGAUGAUGCACUAUAAAUUCCGGGCACUGGCCAUGGCAGUGAGGAAGAGGAGGAAAGAGGAGAGUCUGGAGGAGGAUCCUCCCAGCCCCGGGCCUACAGCUGUUGUGACCUGCAGCCCCGCAACCACGACUGCAGUGCCAAGCCUGGUGGAACAGAGUGAGGAUUUCUCAGGUGCUCUCUCACAGGCUGAGCAGCAGCAGCAAGACAGGAAGGGCAUCUCUGUCAUCCAGCACACCAGCUCCUUCGAGAAGCAGGAAAGUAUAUCCAUGGAGAGCCAGGAGUCUUCAGAGCUCAGUGAGAGCCAGUCAACACUGCAAAAACAGCCACAGCCAAAAUCAUCUCGCUCCAUGUCCCGCCUGGUCCGCCAGCACAACAUCCAAGUGCCAGAGAUCCUAGUGACGGUGGAGCCUGACGCUGAUAUGGUGUCAGUGUCGCCCACGGCGACGGCAUCCUCGUCCAAGGAGCCAGAGAGAGUGGUAGAGGCGUUCCAGUGGCCUCAGCGCAGCCAGAGUAUGGCUCAGCUCCCCGCCGAGAAGCUGCCACCAAAGAAGAAGCGUCUCCGUCUAGCCGAGGCUGCUGCCCAGUCUUCUGGGGAGUCCAGCUUUGAGUCGGUAUUGCUGGGGCCCCGGAACCCCAGCCAGGAGAGCAACAUUUCCCACUCACCCAGCCGAUCUGCCUCCUUUGAAGACAUGGGGGGAAAACCUGCUGAGCCUUCCUCCUGGGGCUCCAGCAGCACCCAGGGCUCCCACAUGCUAACCGUGCCCUCGGGCCCCCACCAACAAUACCAACCCCAAAGAGACAUGCGGCGCUCAGCCUCGGAGCAGGCCCCUGCCAGCCCACAGCACACGGACGAGGUUGUGGAGACUAGGAGCAAAUCCUUUGACUACGGGUCCCUAUCGGCGCAGCGGUCUGCAUCAGCCUGGAGGGAGAGGAGGAAGUGCCUGCUGGUGAAGCACGCCACCCUGGGCGAGCCAGACCACGAGGAAGGGGCCGUGGCCAGCCACUCGGGCCGACCAGGGAGCCCCAAGCCGGGCCCGUCCUACACCAGCCACCCUGCCCUCCACCCAGCUGAAGCCAGCUCCUCGAGGCUCAGCCCAGAGGCCAUAGGCAAGACCGUACAGCUGUUCCACCAGCCCCGGAUACCCCCAUUCCCCAUGCAACCAACUGGGCAUGAUCGGUUCCCUCUUGGCCAGAUAGCCCAGCUCCACCCGGUCACCACUGCCAUCUCAGAUGUCCUCUCCACCCACAUCAUCCACAGAGCCUUCUUACACACACACCCUUCUCCUCCAACCAUACAAGUCCACCCAGGGCAGCUUCACAUGGCAGAAUGCUUAAGCCUGCCCCUCGAUCCUUUCUCAGCUCUGCUCUCCCUGCAGUACCCCACCGGGGCUGGCGAGACUGUGUACCUCCCCAUUUCCCCUGGGCUCACCAUCCAAGUCCCCACACAGCCCCCCAUACCCUCCACUGUGGUUCUCCCUUCCCCAUCUCCUCAGUCCUUAAUCCCCCUACCCUGCCUCCAUCCCCCGCCUGUCAUCGCAACGUGCCUGGCGCAGCUGAUGCCAGUCGUGUCACUGGUGGUGCCAGUGCGCCUCCAGACCCACAUGACCACCUAUGCCAGUGCCCUGUACACCACCCUAUCCCAGAUCUUGGCGUCAGCCUGCUCUCAGGAGCCCAUCUGCUGCAUGGCCAUGGUUAUCAUGGGCCAGCUGGAGCAGGACAAGCUGCAGAGGUCCUAUCUGAAGAUCCCCACCCCGGACUUCAAGAGCUACCUGCCUCUGUCUCUGCCCCUGGAGCUGGGCUCUGUGUCCAGGGAGGGCUACGGGCCACUGGGGGCUGGAGGGAGCAAACGCAUGCUCUCCCCUGCAGCCAGUCUGGAGCUUAGCACAGAGGCCCAGCGUCAGCAGAAACGAGUGAAGGAGGAAGAGGAGGAGGAAGAGAAGGUGGGAGAGGAAGAGGAAAAUAGGGGUACUGGGGGAGAACCUGAAGCAGGGGAAGAUGAAGAGAAGCAGCCGGAAAGGGCACAGAUAGGAGUAGUUACUGUGAAAGUCGAGGAGGAAGAGAAGUUACGGGACCCAGAGGGGCACAGGGAAGAGAGGGAGAUGCAAGGGAAGGCUGAACCUAAGAAAGAAAAGGGGAGGGAGAAGAAUGAGAGCCGGGGAGUGAGUGCUUCCUUUGUAACCCAGAGUCCAGAGCGAGCCAAAGCCCCCUCGUAUACCAGCCUCCACACAACCACCUCAGUCAGCUGGUGCUACUUGAACUACGUGAAGCCCAACCCAUCUGCCCAGAGGGAGUCACAAACCUCCGUUUACACCUCCUGGAGCAUCAGCAUGCACAACCCCAACCUGCCAGGCCUGUCCACCAAGCUGGCCCUGUCCCUGCUGAGCUCUAAGCAGAAGCACAGCUCUGAGACCUACACCAUGGCCACAGCUCUAACCCCUGCAACAGGCAAGGUGGUCUCUGCCAGCAGCAGAAAGACCUACAUUUCAGAGGUACAUGCUAUCCCACCCAGCACCCCUGUCGAAGUGAAGGAGCCACCACAGCAGCCUGAGAAGGGGAAGAGAGAAGAGCAAGGGCCCUCCACCUCCAAACAGAGCGAACCUCUCCGCGUCAAAAUCUUAGAGGGCGGGUACAAGUCUAAUGAGGAGUAUGUGUAUGUGCGGGGUCGCGGCAGAGGAAACUAUGUGUGCGGAGAGUGCGGGAUCCGCUGUAAGAAGCCCAGCAUGCUAAGGAAGCACAUUCGAACACACACGGAUCUCCGGCCCUACAUCUGCAAACACUGCAACUUCGCCUUCAAAACCAAAGGGAACCUUACCAAGCACAUGAAGUCCAAGGCUCAUGGGAAGAAGUGCCAGUCAAUGGGAACGUCUGGGUCUUCACUGGACGAGCCAGAGACCGAGGAAGCAGGUGUAGCCUGGAGGACAGGAGUUUGGAGAAUUAGGCAUAGUGUAAGUUUCCCCCUCUUCUCAUCAGGAGGUAUUGAAGCGCAUUUGUCUGGCUCCGAGGACCAGGAUGAGCACCAGUUCUCUGACGUGGAUGAUUCAGAGGAGGACGAUGAUGAGGAAGAGGAAGAGUCCUCAUCUCACGAUGAGCUGCCCUCAUCCUGCUCCGAGGACCGCAGUCUGUCCGCAAGGGGGCACUCCAGCAGCGGAAGACGGUCCCAGCAGGGUACGCCUGACCCCUCAGCCCCAGAACUCCAGCCAGAUCCCAGCCCCUGUCCCAGCCAGGAGCUCUCUCCCAGCCGUAGAAUGUGGCCCAGCGGGCAUACUUCCUCUCCAGAAAGCCGGAGGGCACUGUUCUCCCGCCGGGGCUGGGAUGCCUCCCCCAGGGCCUUCUCCCCUAGCAGUGAGAGCUGCUCUCCCAUCCGAAGCCUUUCCCCCAGACGGGAGCUGGCCUCCCACAACCGACACCUCUCGCCUUCCCCCAAGAAAGGACCAUCCCCCAUCAGAGCUCUAUCUCCCCUGUACCCCAUGCGGCCUCUCUCCCCUCUCCGGCCGAUGUCCCCUAGCCAGUAUCGGGUGUUGUGGGCCCGGGCCUCUCCCUCGCCCCUGGGGGUUCAGCAUAGACCUCGCAGCUCACCCAGUCGUUUGCCACAGGACAUCCCCAGUAUGAUGGCCAGCGAUCGCAGACAGGUGGGUUCAAUGGAGAGAAUAGGAACACCAAGUGAAGGGCAGAUUGGUCCAGAGCCCUGCCUGUCAUUCCCCCCAGUUUUCCGUCUGUCCCCCAGUGACAGCCCUAAAGCCCAGUCCCAGUCCAUGGACCGAAUCUUCAGCCACCUGCCUCUGCACUCACAGCAGGCCAGGGUGCCCUACCUGAUGAUCUCCAUUGGGGGCAUUCAGAUGGUGCAGGCUCGUCCCCGCUCCCACCCCACUACCCCCACCUUGGCCUCCUCUCCCCCGAUGGAGGGGUUUCUACUGGGCCAGACCAGGAGGGAAGCCCCCUGGUGCAGGACCCCCAGAACUCAAGGGCUCAGAACUCCUGGGGACCACUGGUCAGACAGCCAGGAAGUAGUAGGAGCCAGCCAAUCAGGGCUGUGCAUUCCCAGUUUAACCCCACCCAUACAUUCCAAACCCUCCACCUCGCAGCAGGGUAGGAUGGACCCAGGGAUGAUAAACACAAAGCAAUAUCACAGCUCCUCCCACUCACACAGGUCUGAGGCAGAGACCAGAGAACGAUGGCCCUCACAUGGCCAGGCAGGACCGUCCCCCCCUCCCACACACAGGAUUGGACAGCUGUUUGAGAGGCAGGAGCCACCAGGGUUGGGGUCCAGAGCGACUGGUUCAGAAUUGGUAGAGAGAGGAGCUAAAGGCGGAGACUCAACCAAUCAAGACCAGAGCACUUAGUCUCCACCCUUUGAUACGUCCUUUACGCUUUUUGUUGCUACUCUUGUUUUUGGGUUUUGUAUUGCUUUGUUUUUAUACAGUUUUCAAUAAAAUUGUUAACUUAAAUGUUAGUUCUUCUGCAAUAUUCAGGUUUGUUAUAAAAUGCACUUUUUUCUUUUUGACGAUUUCUUUAAAUCUCUCGAUCUUACCUUCUGUAUCUCUAUUGAUACUGCUAUCUUAAUAUAUAUUUGAAUAUAUAUGUAAAAUAAAUAUGAAUACAUUUGUAAAUGACCAAAAUCUUUAAAUCAACAAUAAAUGCACAUGUUGUUUUCUCUUUGUCCAGUAUUACUCAAACUGUAGUUACUUGUGCCUUUUCUGUCUGGGUUUGUGUCUUGAAAUGACGACAAAGAUAAAAAGGCUGUGAAGUUUUGAUAUGCACUCUGUUUCCAGGAAGGGGGUUCCUGUGUGGCGUGAUGACUGUUCGUAUCCUUAAAGGGAUAGUUAAGGGUUAGAGGUAGUUUCGGGAGCCAAUGAUAACUAGCUGUACCCGGAGACUUCAAGUCUUUGCACUAAGCUAGUUAGCAUUGGCUUGCGAAACUACAGCACCUCUACCUUCAUUCAUACUGGAUGCAGAGAAAUAAAAAUGAAUUGCCAAAACCCCAAACUAUCCCUUUAAGGCCAUUGCAUUGAUGUCAGGGUAUUUUAAAAUAUGGUAUAUGAGGUGGUAUAUUGAAGGAACAGUGAGCGCUUUGCAAAGAAAAUGCACUGAAGUCAUAUUUUUUUUAUAAAAAAAGAGUUGUCAAUGUAAUUUAUUUUGUUAAACUAUGAAAGUGAUUCUUGUUUAAGUUCUUUUACUUUGUAUUUUUUUGGGGGGGGGAAACAUGCCAUAAUUUUUUUGUCAUGUGUCUGUCUUUUUCAUAAUGUUCUCACGACUUGAAAUGGAGAUGGACAGGAUGGUCUCUUUAAGAUUGGAUAUGGUACAAGGAGGAACAAGUGCCCUAAAGAUUUUCACACACAGCAAAUGUUUUGUCUCUGAACCAAUAAAAAGUGCACCAGACUUC